AUGUUGAGCAGUCAGCUUUUGGUCAAAGGCGUGGCGCUGGCAUUCAUCGCGACAGCAACCGCCGUCUGGACUGGGAAGGAUAUGGGGACCGCCGGAUCCGAAUCCUGCGAGUUCAUCCCACUGAACGGCGACGCAGAAGGCACCGGACCGCAAAAGAUCUGCUCUCAAGUCAUCCCAACCUACUUCGCCAACGGCACCGUCGAACGCCAGGGCAUCUUUGGCAACCGCUACUACACCGGCAAGGUUCCCCAGACCGGCCGGAACGACCUGUCCCAGUGCAUGAACAUCGAACAAAUCAAUUACGACACCCAGUCCCCGACUGGCGAUUCUCUGGUCAUGAGCAAUGCAUGCACCACACUGAGCGGCUGGCAAUAUCUCAAGGUGUACGACCAGAAGGCGUGCCCUGGUCCGGAGAUGAACCCGAGGACGCAGCUUUAUGCGAUCAAGGAUGGCUUUCCAACGAAGGAGCAGAUCGAUCGUGGGACAUUCCAUUGCUUUAGUGUGAGUGCAAGCGCUCCCUUGAGAUCUCAGUGA